AGAAUGAGGAGGCGGCGGCGGCUUGCCCAGAGUGGGGGAGGGCCGGAGUGUCAACCCCUGGUGAGGGACAACAUCUCGACCACCGCUCUGGAGUCCUCCCCUUCCGUCUCAAUUUCUUCUUCCUGCCGCGGUGCUGAGGGAUACUCGUAGGCAGGCAGCGUGAGGCGUUGUGUAACAUGCGGCUUCCGCUGCUCAAGUCCGUCGCCUUCAGUGCUGGAAGCCGGAGAGGGUUUCGGCCGCGGUGAAGCUUCUUUUCUAAAGUGGCAGUUGACUGCCUUGAAUCCCAUGAAACAGCUCUUGAGGUGUCAAAUACCCUAAUGGCUGAGGAUUAUCAUUAGAAGAGGAAGAGACAAGUAUAAGUACAUGUGGGACAUUCCGGACCUAGAUAGACAUCUCUUGCUCUUGUGAAGAGGAUCUGUAGGCUUGUAGGAGUUUGGAAAAAAUGUAAAGUAUGUGAGAAAUCAGGAUGUGUGAACUGGAGGUUGCAGGUUCAAACUUGUGAAUGCUAAUAAUGCAGAUGGCUUGGAAACUAUAAACUCUGUCUGAUUAUGGUAAACAGACAUUCUGUUCAUACACUAAGGAGCUGACCUCUGGACAUUAGAAAAUAUUCUAGUACAAGAAUCGUUGACCUUAAAAGGGCCUCAAAAUGAGUGACUAUCUGGAAAUGGUGAAUGGUAAAAUGAUUGUAGAAAACAUGGAUAUUCAAAUGAAGAAUGAACAAAACCUAGAUGUUCUUCAGGAAGACAUUGAGAUGAAUGGGGGAUCAAGUGCAAAUGAUACCAAUGAAAAUUACUGCAAUGGACAGGAUUCUCAUAACAAUGAAGAUGAAGACAGUGGAAAAGAAACAGCAAUGAUCAUGGGAUCCUUAGAUUGCUAUAAAAGCAGUGAAUUUACUUCUAAAUCCAUGAACCAGAAGGAACUGAUAAAAACGCUGCAAGAAUUGAAAGGGCAUCUUCCUCCUGAUAAAAGGAUCAAAGGCAAAUCCAGUAUCCUUGCAGCUCUGAAAUAUGCACUUAGAAGUAUUAAGCAAGUGAAAGCUAAUGAAGAAUAUUAUCAAUUGAUGAUGACUAAGGAUAGCUACCUCUGUGGUCUUGAUGUAUUGUCCUAUACGGUAGAAGAUGUUGAAAACAUUACUACAGAGUAUAUAAUGAAGAAUGCAGAUAUGUUUGCUGUAGCUGUUUCUUUUGCUACUGGAAAGAUUCUCUACAUAUCAGAACAGGCUGCCUCUAUUCUUCACUGUAAAAAAGAUUACUUUAAAAAUGCCAAAUUUGUGGAAUUUCUGGCACCUCAAGAUGUCAGUGUGUUCUAUACAUCCACAACUCCGUACAGGCUGCCAUCUUGGAGUAUUUGCAGUGGAGCUGAAUCUGCCACACAAGAGUGCAUGGAGGAAAAAUCUUUUUUCUGCCGCAUCAGUGCAGGAAAGCAUGCAAAUGAGAUCUCCUAUCACCCAUUUCGUAUGACACCAUACCUUAUUAAAGUGCAAGAUGCAGAAGAUCAGCUUUGUUGUGUUUUACUUGCAGAAAAGGUGCACUCUGGUUAUGAAGCACCCAGAAUUCCUCCCAGUAAAAGAGUCUUUACAACCACACAUACACCAAGUUGUUUGUUCCAAGAUGUAGAUGAAAGAGCAGUACCACUGUUGGGAUACUUGCCUCAGGACUUAAUUGGAACUUCCAUCUUAGUACAUCUUCAUCCUAAGGACAGACCAUUAAUGCUAGCGAUUCAUAAAAAAAUACUUCAGUGUGGUGGUCAGCCAUUUGACUAUUCACCAAUCAGGUUCUGCACUAGAAAUGGUGAAUACAUUACUCUGGAUACUAGCUGGUCUAGUUUUAUCAAUCCUUGGAGUCGAAAAAUUUCAUUUAUAGUUGGAAGACACAAAGUUAGAACUGGUCCCUUGAAUGAAGAUGUGUUCAUACCCCACUACAAAGAAGAAAAAAAUCUUCAUCCUAACAUUCAGGAAAUUACAGAGCAAAUACAUCGGUUAUUGCUACAGCCUGUACAUAACAGUGGUUCGAGUGGCUAUGGAAGCCUGGGCAGCAAUGGAUCACAAGAACACCUCAUGAGCAUAGCUUCAUCAAGUGAUAGCAAUGGGAACAAUAAUGAAGAUACCCAGAGAACACUGAAACCUAACUUGUCUCAAAGUGAUGGGGGUGUGUCCAAGAAUAAAGAGGAGCAUGCUAUCUUUGAUUCCAGAGCAAAUCUUGAAAACCAGAAAAAAUCUUAUGGAGAAAAACCCAGUGACCACUGUAGUCAUGGGAAAGGGGCAGCUGAGUUAGCUGAAAAUGAUGCUGUUGGAAUUUCUUGUCAAAGAAGCUUGGCUGCAGAAGAACUGGCUUGGGAGGAACAGCCUGUGUAUUCAUAUCAGCAGAUCAGCUGUUUAGAUAGUGUUAUCAGAUAUUUAGAAGGUUGCAGUGCACCUGAUACAGUGAAGAAAAAAUCUCAACCAGUAUCAAAUACUGUUGCAUUGAAUCCUGAUUCACGCACAAAGGAAGUGAAUGACAAUACCAUUAAAAGAUGCACAGAAGAAAGUGAGCGGUCCAAAAGUUGCAUAGGCCCUGCGGUGUUGGAGACAUCUGACAAGUCAAAUGCUUCUGCUGUUGUUGGUGCUCACUUAAAUUCUUUGACUUUGCCUGGAAAACCAGAAAGUGUUGUAUCUUUUACAAGUCAGUGCAGCUACAGCAGCACCAUAGUUCAUGUUGGAGACAAAAAACCACAACCUGAAUUAGAAAUAAUGGAAGAUGGCCCUGGUGGAACAGAACCCAGUGAGAGUCAACCUGCUGUUCCACAAUACAGCCCUGCACAAAAGAACCAGGAGAAAGAGGCAUUUAAGAAAUUGGGACUCACAAAGGAAGUGCUUGCUGUGCAUACACAAAAAGAAGAGCAGAGCUUUCUGAACAAAUGCAAAGAAAUAAGAAAGUUCCAUAUUUUUCAAUAUAAUUGCAAUUGCUACUUUCAAGAAAAACUCAAAGGACAUCCGGGUAUUCAUGGACUGCAGCAUGGUUCUGGAAUAGAUCAGUCUUGGAAGAAAAGUGGGAGGAACAGGAGGUCUAAGUCAAAACGGCAUAAACUACAUGACUCUUCAGACAGCACCUUGUCUAGUACCAAACCACCUCACAAAUUUCCUUUGCUUGGUCAAAAUCCUACUACCUGGUCUCCAUCUGACACUUCCCAAGCAAGUUAUCCUGGCAUGCCCUUUCCUACAGUUGUGCCUGCAUAUCCACUUCCAGUUUUACCACCAACAGGGACCAUGCCACAAGGUCCUGAAGCUUCUGUUUCGGGUUUAAAUGAAUCACAGGGGUCUGGAAAUCAAGGUGCUUUGCCAUUGUCACAGUUUCCUGCACCAUUAGUGACUCCGGUAGUGACACUUGUGCUCCCAAACUAUGUAUAUCCUCAAAUGAACAAUGGUAUCUCUCAAGUACUUUAUCCUGGCCCACCUAGCUUUUCUGCUCAGCCUUCUUUCUCUUCACAAGCACUAUUUACAGUGCAGCCUCAAUUCACUGCCUUGAAUGGAUUUCCUUCACAGACAGUAUUUCCAACACAACCAUUGCAUUAUAAUCCAUCAGCAGAGAGUGAAAAGAUCCCUGUUGUAGAAUCCCAAAACGAGCCUUCCCGUUCCUGCACUCCACAGUCCCUGGGCCCACAAGACCAGGCCUCACCACCAUUGUUUCAGUCACGAUGCAGUUCUCCUCUACAGUUGAAUCUUCUGCAAUUAGAAGAAAUGCAAAAAAUGACUGAAAGUGGAACUCCUGGCAUAUUGGGGAGGCAUGGAACUCCAACUCAUGGAGGAACAGCUAGCAAACCAAUACGUUCAGAUGACUGCAAAAAUAAUGCAUCUUCCCAUGCGGAAUCUCCAAUGGAAGCUCAAAAUUGUGAUGCCUUCUCUGUAUCUAGUGAUGUACUUGAUAUUUUACUUCAAGAAGAUGCCAGUUCAGGCACUGGUUCUGCUUCAUCAAGAAGUGGUGCUUCAGCAGCUGCAGAAUCUUUAGGAUCUGGUUCAAAUGGAUGUAAUAUGUCAAGAACAGGAAGUAGCGAGACAAGUCAUAGCAGCAAAUAUUUUGGGAGCAUUGAUUCCUCAGAAAACAAUCAUAAAACAAAAGGUCCUGAAAUGGAAGAAAGUGAACAGUUCAUUAAAUAUGUCCUCCAGGAUCCUAUUUGGCUGCUGAUGGCAAAUACAGAUGAUGCUGUUAUGAUGACUUACCAAAUACCACCACGAAAUGUAGAUGCUGUUUUAAAAGAGGACAGAUUGAAACUGAAACAAAUGCAGAAGUCCCAACCUAAGUUUACUGAGGAUCAAAAAAGAGAGUUGCUUGAUGUUCAUCCUUGGAUUCAGAAAGGUGGACUUCCUGAGGCCAUAGAUAACGCUGUGUGUAUUUAUUGUGAAGAAAAUAUCAGUAACAAAUGUUAUGCACAAGAUGAAGAAGAAAUCCAUGAAAUGGAAUUUAGUGAAAUGAGUGAAGCCUGCGUGGAGAAUAGUUUGUCUACAUUGAACCAAAUUAUCAAUGAAAAUUUCUAAUUCAUGGAGAUCAAUUUCAUUAAUAUCUGCUCUUAACUUGCAGUUAGAUCUUAAAGGUUUUUAUGCUUGUUUCUUGUGAAAUGAAUCUCAAUAAUAUCAACCAAAUGCAUUUUUUUGUUCUAGAAAAAGGUCAUUUGUGAUUAAUCUGUUUGAAUGGGGCAUUCCUUCUGGCAGCUGUCACCGAAGAUUUAUAUAUUCAAUGUUUUUAAAAAACAUCAGUUUCUGAAAUACAUACAGUACCUUUAAGAUACAGAGAAUAUCAUCAAAUCAUGAUUGGAUAUGUUAAAGAAUUUGAAAAAUACUAUGCCAUCUGUGGAUUUCUUUCCAAAUACCAUGUUCAGUAGUACAUAAUUUACUUCUUUAUUUUUUAGUUGGAAGUAAUCUUUAAUGAAUGAUUGUAUAAUCCUACACAUUACACAAUAGUUUCACUUAUUAAACAAACCUGACUUUAUCUGUUACUUGGAGGUAUUCUGAUUUACUAAUGUUAAAGGAAAUUACAGUAUUUCCAUUUUUCUACAGUGUGAAAAUAUCUGUUCACUUUGUUAAAAACAUGCAUGCAUUAAAAAAAAAUCUCACACUUUUUGCCACUGGAAAGUAACCAUGCUAUGUUUUUCAGUAGCUUAUGGUUCUAAACACAUAAAUUAUCCAUGAAUUUUUAUCUCAGUUAAACAAGGGAGUUGAACUCUGAAGAAGAUAAUGCUCAUCAUGAUGAGAUCACAUUGCAAUUUAAAAAUACCUUAUUUUGCAUGGUCAGAUGAAUUAAGAUUAUUUUACCAGCUGAAUAACAACCAAUUUUCACUCCACUGGUUCUUUGAUUGCUUUGUCUAUAGCUUACUAAUACACGAUAAGUGAGCAUUUUAUUUAUAAGAUGAGGCCUACUUUUAUUUAUUAAUUUUUUAAUUUUAUUUUUAAAAAGUUAGUAGUGUGAAGAAAAGUAAAAUGCAUUGAGGAGGCCAAAUGUAUCUGAAGCCUUAAUUUACUUCCAACAUCUAUCUACCUUAUAUUUACCUUUAGAAACGUUUGAAGAUUUUCUUUACUUUUGUCUAAAAAGUUAAUUUCUGAGUUAGUUGGAAAAUUGAUGUAGCAGUGUAGUAAAGAAAAUAUUUAUAGCUCAGUAGUUUAGAAGAUGAUUUUAGGAGUUAGCUACUGCUUCAGAAAUAACUCUUAUAUAACUAGAUAUAAAUUUAAGUAUCGCCGUUUCACACAACUAUCUUAUACUUUGCUAUGCUAAGAAUGUGGCACAAGAACUGUUGUACAAAGUUUGUGCAGUUAUCCAUUGAGACAAAGAAUCCAGACUAAGUUUAUGAAAGAAUAGCUGAAUUAGGACAAACAGCAAAGCAAGAAAAGCCAAAGAUAUGGAUAUACUCUUGUUUUUCUGAACAUUUCUUGCUUGUUUAUAGCCAGCUUGGAAUCUGAAUCUACAUCUCAUGAUCAGUUAGUUAAAACAGCAGUUUGUCCAGAACAAAACCUGUAUUCUUUUCAAGUUAAUCCUGUGAAUGUUUUUUGUUAUCUUCUAAUUUGUGUUAUAGAAGGAUAAAUAACAUUUCAGUGCACACUUCUUCUACACCCUUCUCUCAGAUCACUUG